AUGGGCUCCAAUGAACUAAAUAUCCCAACGCGUGCGACGAAGAGGUCUGCUUCGGCCUCCGAGGAGCCCUUAGGCAGUGAGGUUGCUCUUCCGGCCAUGCCUCAUUAUCACUCAUCGUUUUGUCUUCCUUACACUCACUACGCAAUAAUUUAUCUCGACCACGAAGGCAAGCUCAAGACUUGCGAAUCUCAGUCUAUUCAGGAACAGAAUGCCAGUGUGUUUACUUCGGAAGUCUGCCAGAAUUUUCUCGAUAUUCUAGGCGAACGCAUCGGCUAUCACCAGCCCGCUCAUCAGGAAAUAGCUUUAUCUUUUCGUCGGUUGAAGCGACGCAAGAGGAAACCAUCUGCCGAGUCUGCUUUCGAAAAGCCUUUGGAUAAACAGGACAGCGAAAACCUUUCUACUGGUUCGACUGGACUAGUCCCUCUCAGAAUUGGAGAACAACGGAAGGUUAUGGAUUAUUAUGAAGGCGCCUUCAAUUACUUCCAGCAAAUCAACUGCCGCGUCGUCGCCAAGGCAUUUAUCAGGUUCAUCGAGCCGGGCAAACAAGUCAAACACCCUUACAAUGGAGGCAAGCCACCCCCAGGGUCCGCCCCAGGCACUAAGGGCGACCCCGAAAAGACCAAACCCGAAUGGUGGCCCCAUACUGUAAUACAUAGGGAACCUGACCACUUGAGGAAAGAAGACCGCAUCAAAUUGCUACUUCACAUUAUCCGCGAGCUCGGUAGCCAUGGAAUUACUGCUGACAAGUUGAAGGAAGUUGCUGAAGUUACCAAGCGGGGCUUGAAGCACCCAAGCGACGUCGAGAUCAUCUAUGAGAUCCUUCGGGUUCGAAAGACGGAGGAACGAUUUGAGCGACGUGAAGUUGGCAAGUGCCGAGUACUCCUAGAGAAUGCUAACACGGUCGAAUACGUCAUGUACUAUAGUCCUAGCCCCACGGAUGAUGAUGAGGUGAAGGGGGAGGAGGAGGAGGACGAGAAGGAGAAGGAGAAGGAGAAGGAGAAGGAGAAGGAGAAGGAGAAGGAGAAGGAGAAGGAGAAGGAGAAGGAGAAGGAGAAGGAGGAGGAGGAGGAGGAGGAGGAGGAGGAGGAGGAUUAUUUUGCUGAAACAGCCUCAGCGGCUGUUGGAGAGCCUCUACCAAGCAAGCAGGAACUGGCUACCCUGACCACAACAAUUGAGCCUCUCCAUUCGACACCAGCCUACUCUCUCCCAGGUAGCGUCUCUAUGCCCAACUCUCUGAACUUCGAAAUUGGCGGUCGACAAAAUAAUCCUUACUACACCGUGUCGUCCCAAUACACCAACACUUUCUCCCAUCCCACGCUCAGCACUCCCAUGACUUCAAAUAUGACCAGUUCCCAGGACACUCCGGUCUUCGAAUACUCCAUUCAAAACCCUGUCCUAGCAUCCAUCUCUGUUCAUGAUCAAACUGGGGAUCCAGGCUACUACGGGCGCAGGAUCAAUACAGACAGUGACCAGGACACUUCGGUCUUCGAAUACUCCAUUCAGAACCCUGUCCUAGCGUCCACCUCUGUUCAUGAUCAAGCAGGGGAUCCAGACUACUACGGGCGCAGAGAUCAAUACAGAGAGUGA